ACAUGCAGCGCGCGCAUGCCGAGGGCAUUCCGAUGCCAAACGAGUCCACGCGCGGUCAUCUGCCACUGAGAGCAAAGAGGAGGAGGAGAACCUGCAGCUCUACUACAGCAGCGUGACUGGGAGGACAGAAGGAGGGCGUGUGAAACCGAGCAACAGUUCUUGGCAUAGCUACAAUAACACAAACAAUUUAAAGGGCAAAGAAAGGAGGGGGAACUAGUGGGGGAAAGCUUAGUCACAUUUUAAAGACACCUGAAAACGUGUGAGGCUUGUGCAUAUCUCAAACUAGUUACACAGCUCUGUCUUGGAGAACGAUGCCCAGUGCACUGGCUCUGAUUGUUUUGAAGAAAAGCACUACUGUAAUGCACGCGAUACAGUCUGUGAGGACAUCUUUCAAAGAGUGAGGACGACACAUUGCCCUGCUUACUCGAAGGACGUCUGGCAUUAGAGUGUCGCUUCUUUCUCGAGACAUUGCCUGACAGACUUCGAUAAGUUCUCGCCUGUGUGGACGGACUUUGAAAAUUAGAAACCAAUACUCCGAUAGCUGCAUUUCCUUCAUCGACAGCAGGAUCAGACGCCAUGGAAGGCAGUCCAGGUGGAGGAGUGAUCCUCUAUGCAGGCUCAACUGGAAGCGCCAGCCCCAGUCCAGGAAGCCCAUCCAGUGGAUACCAAUCCCAGUCUCCAGCCUCUCAACCCUCGUCCCCAGAGGAGGUCUCUUUCACUGAGCUUGGUGCCCUUAAAAAACAUCCAACUGGAAGCAAAGCCAGUUCUGCAGGGGGCAACAGACUGGUUUUCCAAUUUCCAGAAGUAAGCAGUGCUACCCCUGUUACACCGACGGUAACAUUGUCAGGGCAGAACACCUACUCUCACCCAGUAGUCGGCAGGCGACCAAGUAUGUUCACGGGUACCUUUACCAAAACAGGAGGUAUGGUGUUGCUCUGCAAAGUAUGUGGGGAUAUUGCAUCAGGAUUUCACUAUGGUGUCCAUGCAUGUGAGGGAUGCAAGGGUUUCUUCCGCCGCAGUAUCCAGCAGAACAUCCACUAUAAGAUGUGUGUGAAGAAUGAAAACUGUGUGAUCAUGAGGAUGAACCGCAACCGCUGUCAGCACUGUCGAUUUAAGAAGUGCCUCUCCGUCGGCAUGUCCAGAGAUGCUGUGCGAUUUGGGCGCAUUCCGAAGCGCGAGAAACAACGCCUACUGGACGAAAUGCAGAGUUACAUGAACAGCCUUAAUGAAUCGGCGUCCAUGGACAUCACCUGUACUACACCCACCGAGACUCCUCCCAGCCCUGAAGAUGGCCAGGCAGAAGAGGCUAUCGGUGCGGUCUCGCAAGCUUAUCGCAAUAUCUUUGUGAACGGGGAGAAGUUGUUAGUGAAGAUUAACGAUGACAGCAACAUCAAUAACAGCAAUCCAUCUUCCUUCCAUCAUAAUCCAACACAAGAGUCCGGCUACAGCCAGCCUCACCCUCAGCCAAGCGUCUCACCCCAAGAUCACUCCAUCCAUCCCAGGACAAGCUGUCUACCACGAUCCAGAUGCCCGGUCACCAACCAUGACAGCAUACCAACAACACAAGUCAUGGACAACAGUCAGUAUAACUUCCCACAGUCCUCGAGUCCCAGUCAGGGAGCUACACCUUCUCAAAGCUGUCCAUCGAAGUACAACAAUUAUUCCACUCAGACGUCUUGUCCUUGGAGACUGAGCCCUGGUGCUAAAGUCCUGGCAUGUCCUCUCAAUGCAUGUCCCGUGUCCCCAGCCAGUCACUCCAGUCAGCAGGUCUGGGCGAGUUUCUCCCAGUGCUUCACUCCAGCUGUUAAAGAAGUGGUUGAGUUUGCCAAGAGCAUUCCAGGGUUUCAGGCCCUGAGUCAACAUGAUCAGGUCAUGCUGCUGAAGUCAGGAACCUUUCAGGUUCUAAUGGUGAGGUUCUGCUCGCUGUUUGAUGCCAAGGAACGUACCGUAACAUUCCUGAAUGGUCAGACGUACCCCCUGGCGUCCCUGCGAGUGCUAGGCAUGGGUGGCCUUCUGGACGCCAUGUUUGAGUUCAGCGAGAAGCUGGGAAACAUGGGUCUGGAGGCUGAUGAGAUGGCCCUCUUCAUGGCUGUGGUGCUGGUUUCUGCAGAUCGUUCAGGGAUCUCAGAUGUGGGGGCCGUAGAGCAGCUCCAGGAGGAUUUGAUCGGCGCUCUUCGCGCUCUCAUCACUCGACGAAGACCAGAGGACAGCUCACUCUUCCCCAAACUCCUGCUACGUCUGCCUGACCUCCGUACCCUCAACAACCAGCACUCGGAGAAACUCCUAGCCUUCCAUAUUGACCCCUGAGAACAGAAAGAGACGAUUACCAGACCGAACCAAGUCGAGGGGUCAAACGAUAGAUUCAGGGUGCUCUUCUUGUACAAUGAAGCCUUGCACAUUUCAGGCUAAACAUCUGAUUUGGACUAAGACUUACACAGACACCUCAGACAUUGAACUUUUCUAAUGCAACAUAAGAGGAACAGAAGUGUGGAGCAGAUGCUGGACAUUGGGGCUUUUCAGGAUUGUAUUCAAGAAAUGUAAAAACAGAGGAAGAUGGUGUAGAUUUUGAGGUGAUGGCUGUUUUAUAACUAGAACGUGCAAGAUCAUUGUAUAAAGUUUUGAGACGUUCUCAGUAUUGUUCUCACUCCAGAUGCUAUGCAUUUAUCAUCGUAUCCUAUUCAACAGAUUGUACAACCUUUCAGAUAAACUUCAAUUCAAUUGCACAAUUCAAUAAUUUCAUUAAACACAUCACUUUGUGGACCUUUAUAAAUAUUGUUUAUAUGUGUCAGGCAGUCAAAACCUGGGUUGUAAAAACACAUGUAUUAUAGUUGAAAUAUACUGUAUGAUAUUUUCUUAUAACUGUAUAAGACUGUAGUGUGUUCUCGUGUGCUAAUGAAGAGAGCACUCCUCGAUGUCUAUUAAAGUGUUAAACCAACUGAAUUUACAACA